GCCAGGCUAAGGUAUCUUGGAAUUUACCUCUUCCUCUCCAGACUUAUUUUUUUGCAAAAGAUUUUUUCAGGUACACUAUAUAGGACAAUUGAGGCUAAAGGGAAAACCAUCACUGCCACCAGUUCUUGAGAUUACCUGUACCAGUGCUUGUGGAAACUCUAUCUCAGAUGUACUAUGAAGCUAAUAGCAUCACUCCUCUCCCUGGCUUAUCUGCUGCAAGUUGUUCUGUGCUUGAAAAUUGCCUCUUUCAACAUCAGGAGCUUUGGUGAGACCAAGAUGUCCAAUAACACCAUCUCUCACUAUAUUGUGAUGAUCCUGCAUCGGUAUGAUAUUGUGCUCAUCCAGGAGGUGAGAGACAAACAUCUGACAGCUGUGGGGAAACUGAUGGAUGAACUCAAUAGAGACUCACCAAAUGCCUAUAAUUUUGUGGUCAGUGAGCCUCUAGGGCGGAACUCUUAUAAAGAACGCUAUCUCUUUGUAUUCAGACCUGACAAAGUGUCUGUCCUGGACAGUUACCAAUAUGAUGACGGCUGUGAACCUUGUGGAAAUGACACCUUCAGCCGGGAGCCCGCCAUCGUCAAAUUCUCCUCCCCAACGACAGAGGUGAAAGAGUUUGUCAUCGCUCCUCUGCACGCAGCCCCGAAUGAUGCUGUUGUUGAGAUUGAUGCUCUCUAUGAUGUCUACUUAGAUAUCCGCCAAAAGUGGAACACAGAGAACAUACUGUUCAUGGGAGACUUCAACGCGGGGUGCUCCUACGUCACCCCUUCACAUUGGCCGUCCAUCCGCCUGCGCACCAGCCCCGCCUUCCAGUGGCUGAUUUCGGACACCACAGACACCACUGUGACCUCUACGGACUGUGCUUAUGACAGGAUUGUAGUCUCUGGAACUGAGCUACAAAGAGCUAUUGUGCCAGGAUCAGCCACCACAUUUGAUUUCCAGGCAGCAUAUAAAUUGAGUGAUGAAACUGCUCUAGCCAUCAGUGAUCAUUAUCCUGUGGAGGUAACACUGAAGAAAGCCUGAAUCUCCAUUUUCAUCAAACUUCCUUAUUUCAUCUACUUCUGAAACUUCCUCUCUAUUUCUGACUAUCUAUGGCCAAAACCAUGGCCAAAGUCAUCAAAAGAACUGAAAAUGACAGCUGAUGCUUUUAGCCUUCAUCCCCCUAAUGUGGGCUCCUAAAUGUUAAUGUGCAAAGCAAUAUAUCAUAAAAUUUGGAUAAACUAAGGUUAUAGGAUCUGUUGAAGACAUAAGAUGACAGUAUGCUCUUUGAUUUAGUUAAAAAAACAAAAGCUACUACCUUCAUAGUCCUGAAAGAGAAAAAUAAGUUGAUUAAAACUGCUAUCUUAUCCCAGAAUCAGAGUCCUGAAAAUACCCAUUUCCAAGUUGAUGCAGAAUUUAAACACAGGUUAUUUUAAAAGACCUUAAAUGGAAUCUAGGAAAGCCUUUGACCCAAGUAAAUGGUCAUUAUUCCUAAAAGAAAGGAUAUAUCCUGCAGCAAUAUACACUCAUCAACAUUAAAGCCUGAUCCUGGCCACCACUCCUUUAUAUGUGUGAUGUCUCUCCCUAUUAGAAUAUAAGCUCUGUAAGGGCAAGGACUAUCUUUGCUUAUUAAUACUUAGCAUAGUGUUUGAAAUACAGUUAAUAGCUUAAUAAAUGCUUUUUCAUUCAUUCA